UAGUUAAUCUUAGCGUUGCCUUGUUGUCUGUGGCGUUCUGCGGGAUUUUGAUUUCUCUCCUGUCCACCCCACCCACCACACUCCUUUGCAUCCAUCACAAACGCCCGCCAGUGCAGCCAACAGCCGCUUAUGCCCAAGAAACACCAUAAACCAACGAGCCCCAAGCCGAGUUCUACCGUCCAUCCAUCCCUGACCUCGUUUACGGGUUCAAAGAAUCAGAGUAGUAGUGGAUCGGCGACUAGAGAUGGGCGGUCGGUAAAUGACCUCAUCCAUCACCUCCGUCGUACACAAGUGUCGAGACGUGAUGAGGUCAAUGCGAGUCUGUCGCGGGUGGCGCCCAGAUCAGUUCAUCCCUCGAUAAGGAAUCUACUAGGCCUGCCCGAAACCCCUCCCCCGCGUCCGCGUCCUAGCACCCGUGUUGUCGGCGAGCGGGGGGUUCGGAGAACGCCUGGCCCCGCUGCACCUUUGAGUUGGCUAGCACCAAAUGAUAAUGGACCGGAUUCUGAGAGAAGACGCAGAUUUACUCGCGAUGAUGCGCAGGAGAGAAAUGUUCGGCUAGAGCGUUUACCGGGCAUACAAUUCCCAGCUAAGGGUAGCUUGCAGCAUAUGGUUUUGAAGUCCAUGGCAGUCAACUGGGACUCGCAUCUUCUGUACGAUGGCGUCUUUUUAUCUGAACUUCCCAGCCCAACGAAGCAGCUGCUUCUGAGUUAUAUCUCUACAUUUACAGACCAUGCCUCGAUGGAGGUGAGGAUGCAAGGGUUAAAACCCUUGUUCCUGGACAGUUCAGACGAUGGUAUCACCGAAACUUACCCAGAUAUUACUCGUCUGGAUCUAGCCUCCUGCCUGGGCCGCUGGAUGACUUUCAAACACCUGGCGCGAGAAAUCAAGGGGGUGGAUAGGGCCGAAUCACACUCCCACGGGAAAAAAAUUGAGGGCUCGACCCUCCCGUCCUGGGAAGAAGAAACGGACAGAGAAUUCUCUUCGGCCGCUAUUCCUCUAGCUCCAACCCAACCACUCCAACAGCGGUUUUCCAACCUCAAAUUCCUAUCCCUCGCCAACCCCAUCCCCCGCGAAGCCAGCUGGCACUCCCUUUUAAACCUCCUCCCACACCUUUCUACGAUAACCCAUUUGUCUCUCGCCCACUGGCCAACCCCAACCGUAACGCCAAACUCCCUCACAGUGAGCAUGAAGCAUCCGAAACUCAGCUCCCUCUCCCUGCCCUACGGCGGGACAGAUAUAUACUCCGCAUUCGAAAACAACUGGGUCGAGGCCGCUGGAAUCUUACGCAGACUUUCCAAAACAACUUAUUGUCUCAAAUGGCUGGACCUAGAAGGCUGCAGUGACUGGCUCCCAGCUCUGAGCUGGAAUGGGAUCGAUUUGGAAGGAAAUUUCCAUGCCGCGGCCGGGCCGGAGUGGAAUGGAGCUUGGAGGAACCUUGAAUGGCUGGGUCUUGGGCCUGGGUGGUUUCCCGAUGUGUCUGAUGUCGAAGACUCGUAUCUCAUCCACGAAAGGGAUAAAACCCUGCUGAGGGAGAUUGAGAGUGGGCGUUAUGACUCAUCAUCGCUUGGAGCUGCUGGAAUUGAGGACAAGAAGGCGCUGAUCCGGGAGAGAGAUGGAUACCGGAACCUCAUUGAGCGGGCGGUUGAGGUGAAGAAGCAGGUGCAGACGAUUAGGAGGGACGGUGGUGGGAGGUGGUUGGAGGUUUCUCUCGGCUUGGAGAGCGAGGACGAGCUUAGGAUAAGGGUGUGUGGGGAUGUGGUGAAGUGAAGAAUGCUACAAGGGCGAUGUGGCGGGCAGCUACAACCCGGGGUCCACAUACUUGGUCCGUUAUUUGAAUCACAACAUAUUCGUAGAGCAUUUCUGUAUCAAACUUUUGCAAUUUUUUCCUAUUUUUGUUCGUAUACCACUCAAGAAACUGCGGCCAGGCCACUGCAGCUACUAUACAGUUUUCGUAUAGUCUUUCAACUAUAAAGCCCCCCUCCCCUGCACAUGUGAGAUAAAUGUCAAGAUAAACGUGCAUGUGCCUAAUAUCCCCAGAUGCACCAAUUAAACAAGAAUAAGAAAUCCAAUAACUACUUCCCACCAGAAUUGAAACUCUUCAGAGGAUCAACUUUCUUCCCACCCCUGCCAGCCUUCGCUGGUCUGCCCCUACCCCUAUUCCUCUCCCUCGCCUUCCGAAUUCGAUUUUCAUGCGUCUUCCUAAAACCAACAAACCCAACGUCGCCAGCUGGACCGCUACUAAGACCCCCUUUCCCCUUCGUCGGCAUCAGGUAAUCAG